ACCUCUCUGAUUUUGUCACACAAGCCAAAAGAAAAUAUGUACAAGAAUCAGUUGCAAGAGCUAGCACAGAGAAGCUGUUUCAGCCUACCAUCAUAUACUUGCACAAGAGAAGGACCAGAUCAUGCUCCAAGAUUCAAAGCUUCUGUAAACUUCAACGGUGAAAUAUUUGAAAGCCCCACUUACUGUUCCACUCUCAGACAAGCUGAACACUCAGCUGCUGAAGUUGCUCUCAGUGCUCUCUCUUCAAAGGGCCCUUCUAAGUCUCUAACUGCUAGAGUUCUUGAUGAGACUGGGAUCUACAAAAAUCUGCUUCAAGAGACAGCACAUAGGGCUGGUCUUGAACUACCGAUUUACACAAGUGUGAGAUCAGGACCUGGUCACUUCCCUACGUUCUCUUGCACUGUGGAGCUUGCUGGAAUGAGAUUUAGUGGUGAAUCAGCAAAGACUAAGAAGCAAGCUGAGAAAAAUGCUGCUAUUGCAGCUUGGUUCUCCUUGAGAAAAAUGAAAACAAGCUUGGAUUCUCAAAGAGGUGAAGAGAAAGAAAGAGAAGUAGUUGCAAGAGUCCUCUCAAGAUUUAGACCCAAAGAAGUUAGAAGAAGAGAACAACAUCACUCAAAAAGAAGACCUAUCAGACAAGACACAACAACCACAAGAGACUUGUUGUGUGAGAAGCUCAGACUCAUUAAUCUGUACACCAAUGAAUCAGUGAAACACCAUCAAACUCUACCACCGAGAUUCUUCCCUUCAACACCAAAUCUCCAACAACAACAGCAAACCAAAGUCAAAUCAUUACUCGAGAAGUCUCAAGAACAUGCAGGGCUAAAACAGAGGAGCCGAGAUGAUGCAAAGCCAGAGAUGAUGAUAAAGCCGUCUCCAACGUCAUCAAUGGAGAGAAGAAACUGUUACAGUAAACUUCUUCCCUUUCCAGAGAUGUUUUCCGGAGGUUUUGGGUUAAACCAUCAAAAACUCGCUCCAGCUGUUCAUAUGCGAUCAGUGAUUCCAGUUUGUUCAGCUCCUCCUCCAACUAAACCACCCAACAACACAUCACUUAGUUCUUGUCCUGCUCCAAGCUCGAACCCAUGAUUAAAGUUCGUGUCUUUAGAUAAACCCAUGUUAAGGAUUUGAUGAUAGAUUAGUUAAAGUUGAUAAAUCGAGUUAUGGGUUUAUGUAUGUUCGUUAAGA